UCAUUGUUGAGUUGUAUGAGCUGUUUGUAUAUUUUGGAAAUUAAGCCAUUUUUGGUCACAUUAUUUGCAAAUAUUUUCUCCCAGUCUGUAGAUUGUGAAAACACUUGCUUUUUAACCUGUCUUCUUCCUUUCCCAGUGCUCCUGAAGUUCCGCACAGAUAAAGGAAGAGAUCCUAGUUCUGAUACCUUUGGGGAAGAUUCUGAGUUGUUGCUCCAGAUUCGAAACGAUGUGCUUGACUCCCUGGGUGUUAAUCCUGACCUGCUUCCCGAAGACUUUGUCAGGUACUGCUUCUCUGAGAUGGCCCCAGUGUGUGCAGUCGUUGGAGGGAUCCUGGCCCAGGAAAUUGUGAAGGCCCUGUCUCAAAGGGACCCUCCUCACAACAACUUCUUCUUCUUUGAUGGCAUGAAGGGGAACGGGAUUGUGGAGUGCCUUGGCCCCAAGUGAACCCAGGACUUGGCAGCCCCGGCGAUGCUGCCCCGCGGCAUGCCCACGUGUGAUCCUUGUCCCCUUCCCCCGCGAAGGCCCUCUCCAGGCGAGGGAAAAGUGAAGUCAUUGAACCAAUGCAAACCGUUUCCUGUGAGCAGUGAGGUCGUACAGAUGUGCUGCUUCUAAGCACCAGUGGCUGCUAAGCAAGGGGCGUGGGUCCUGGCUGUCGCCGUUCCCGUCCCAGGCCCGCGCAGCCAGCACCUGACAGCCCCCUCUGACUCCUCGUCAUGGCGUCACCAGUCCCCCCAGCCAGGAACCAGCACACCUUGUUGCUUAGGAGCCUCUUGCCACCUUCUUGGCCUUAGUCUCCGCCUGAUGUCACACAGAGAGGAGCGUGACUUCAGGUGGGGAAUGCGGCCUAGGUCUGAUGAAACACUAGUGGGACCACAGUUCCAAAUGCAGACGGUGCCCCCGGAGAGGAGAGAACAUGGCAGGCGGAAUGUAUUUCCUCCAAAGUUUGAGACUCUGAAAAACAACAGGUGGCAUCUGGUGUGCUAUUCUUGAGUUUUAGUUUAGGAUUAGUUGAGUUCCAGCCUGGAUUUUGGACGAGAGGAAAUAUCACCAAGCCCUCUUGGGUAUUAGGGUGAGACCUUGCAAAUGGAGUAUUAGCGGGAAAGCCCGUUUUAAAAAGGCAGAUUCCCUGGUCCCAUCCCCUGGGGAUUCUGACUUCUUGGCCGCGAGCUGGGACAGAGGAGCCUGCCCUUCCCACGGAGCCCCAUGCCGAUGCCGUGCCGACCCUCGCUCUGGAGGCUGUCGCGUGUUAAGGGCUGUAUCGGCCCUUCAUUUACCCCCCUGAAUUGCAGCUGUUCAUUUUUUUUUUAUAUUUUCUAUAUUUCCUUGGUUCUUUAAAAAGGAAUGAUUGAAAUAAAGUUAUUUGCUUUA